AUGGCAAGCAAAUUAGAUCGGAAGCAGACAUUAAAUUCAACAAUUUCACAGUCACAAACCACAGCUAGGAACAUAUUGACUGGAAUAGGGAAGGAAGCUAAAAACAAGAAGAUCACAUCGACUGUUAAGAACCCCAAAGACUUGAAAAGAGUGAACACAAAGAGUCCUCGCUUCAACAAAGCAAGGGAAAGAUUGGAAAUAUCCCUUGAUGAGAUUAGGAUCAGAAGUAAGAAAGAAUUUGACUAUAACUCAAAAGGAGUUCAGGAAGACCCAGAAGUUGCCAAAGUGAGGUAUCAAAACUACCUCAGGGCUCUCAUGCAGACUUAUAACCUUAUCCUGGAGUUAAGAGCCAAGCAGAUUAAGAAAGAAAUCAGAGUUAGGGAAUUCUAUGGUGAAGACUCAGAGAAAGCUAGUAUUGAUUAUUCUAGCAUGAAGAAUCUUAACUUAACUGCUGAAACUCCGAAUUCUCUGGAGAAGGUUUGGCCUUCAUUGCUAGGAAAGUCUCGGGCACAGAAUAUGAGUCUUGAAAAGGCUUUGCCAAGUAGUACUAAUCUUACUUCAAUUCAAAGAAGUUACAAGCUUGAACGACAGAAGAUUAUCAUGAAGAACGUUCUUAGAAAUAAGCUUGAAGAGGACAGAAAAUUAUUUGAGCUAAAGGAAAAACUUAAAGAAAAAGAGAAGAAAUUUAAGGAAAAUGUCAAGAAUUCUAAAUAUGAUCAAAUGAUUUCUAAAACUAAAGCUGAUGCCAAAAAGAUACAAAGACUUGAAUGUGUCAAGAAGAAGAUGGAUGAAAAGAGAAAAAGCGAGAAACUCCGUCAAAGAAACUUCAACAUAAAAACUAAACAUGCUACUGAGUAUCUUAACAGAACCAGAGAGGAAGAAAGCAAGAAAAUGCAAGAAAAGAUUGCCAAAAGCUUAGAAAGGAGUAAACAGAGACGCCUGAAGGAACAGAAAGACCUUAUUGAAGAAGAAGAGAACAGACUAAGGAAAUUAGAGUACUUCGAACGAGAUCUAGAAACAAGAGUCCAGACCGUUCUAAACAAGCGAAAAUAAAGAAGACCACCUGCUCAAAGUCAGAGAGAAGGUCAAUGAAUUUAAAGAAAAACAACAGCUUGAAGACUCCAACAAAAUUCUCAAAUUAUUCAAGUCUAAAUAAGAAAAGAGAUAUGGCCAUCAAGUCUCUACAGGGUCUAUCUUACCAAGAACGGUUCCGAUCUGCCAGCGCACAUAAGGAACAGAAGUUUGUGAAUGAAGAUUUAGAAACAAAAUCUAACAAUGAUAAACAAAAGAAAGCAUUCACAUAUAAGGAUUAUCUGAGGAAGAUGAAAGAAGCAGAGAAAAGAAAGCAGAAGCAUGAUGAAGAGAAGCAGAAACACUUAAAAUUGAUGAAUGAGAAGUUUGCUAAAGUUGACAGAAGCAAGAAGUUGGAAAAGAUCCGUAAGGAAGAGAUCAUGGAGCAGUAUCUUAAGAAACAUCAUCAAGUCCAGCAACAGAAGAUGAUUGAAAAAAUUAUACAGAUAAAGAACCAGAAGAUGCAGAAGGAUUUAGAAAAAGAGAAAAUUAUUUUGGAAAAGAAUUACAAGUUUACAGUGAAGAAAAAGAAGAAGAGUGUGAGUUAAGACUGAAAAAGUAGCCUACACUUUAUGCAAAAAGUUCAAUA